AUGGUUGACGUUUCUUCUGAUGCUCCUGAGAGGCUACCAGAGUCCUCUGUAACGGUUGCUGAAACAGAUGCGUUUAUACGUUACAUUAAAAAGAUCGUGUCUACUCUUGACGACACAGAAGACUUGGCUGCUCUUGAUGCAGCACUUCUUGACCCUUCUGCCCAAGAGUCAAUUAAGAAAUUUUUGAAUGACGGUCAAUGCCAUGCAGUUCUAGUGCAAAAAAUAUCCAACAAAGACGACGAUGAUGAGAGCGAUAAUGCGGACACCGGCUUAUCGUACAAGAUUUCAACCGAUGUCCGUUAUACAAACCCAAAAAUGCAAAGCUUGGUUUUUAUUAAGCGCAACCCAGUUGUUGAAUCUGGGAAGUCGUUUGCUUCGCAGUUACGAAUGGCGACACUGAGUGACGGGGCGCCUUUGGAGACGCUUCUUUCCAUGAUAAGCAACGUUGUUAGUCCCUAUUACAAAUCCUACAUCAAGGAAUCAGGCAAAGCCGAACGGGAUGGCGAUAAAGUUGCUCCAAGCGUUGAAAAGAAAAUAGCUGAACUUGAAAUCGGGCUUCUUCAUCUUCAACAAAACAUUGACAUUCCUGAAAUAACACUUGCGAUAAAUCCAAUAGUUCUCCAGGUUAUUCAAAAAUGCAAAGAAGAGGGUAGGCGUGCUACGGUUGCUGAUUUUGAGUCAAUGAUUCACGAUGCACAAUUCCUAAACUCUCUACAUUCUGGUGUCAACCGCUGGAUUAAAGAUAUUCAAAAGGUUACGAGUCUUAAUCGUGACCCCUCUUCGGGGACAGCUCUGCAGGAAGUUACAUUCUGGUUGAAUUUGGAGCGAGCUCUGUCGCGGAUUCAGGAGAAGCGCUCUUCUCAAGAAGUUUCACUCACACUCGAAAUUCUAAGGACGGCUAAGAGAUUCCUCGCUACCGUCAGUUUUGACGCUGACACAGGUCUGACUCGUGCCAUAGACAUGGUGAAUGAUUAUAAUCCCCUCAUGAAGGAGUUCCCAUUAAAUGAUCUUCUUUCCGCUACGGAUUUGGAUAAAAUUAGGUCAGCGCUUGUGGCAAUCUUCUCCCAUUUAAAAAAAAUCCGCAACACUAAGUACCCACUCCAACGGUGCUUGAAAUUGAUUGAGGCUAUCUCUCGGGACCUCACGUCGCAGUUACUGAAGGUCCUUGGAACUCGCCGGCUGAUGCAUAUGCCCUAUGAGGAAUUCGAACACAUUAUGACGGCUUGCUUCGAUGUUUUUAGUGUGUGGGAUGAUGAGUACGAAAAGAUCCAAAGCUUAAUGCGUGAAAUCAGCAAGAAAAAGCGCGAAGAACAGAUGCGGAUAGUCUGGCGCACUAACCUUGCACACCGUCAUCUUCAGACCCGUCUAGAUAAUCUCAGAAAGUUGUGGCACCAACACGAACAACUUCGUUUGGUUAUUGUACGUGUAAGACCAACAGCGAGAUCUUCAACUGCUCAACCCGAAUCUGGGAAGGAAAAAACAGUGGACGGUGAAUCUAAACAGCAAAUGGACGAAUCCCUCUUAGAUGCAGCUGAUGCAACUGCUAUUGAUGAUGUAAACAAAGCAUUUGAAUUGGUAAAAGAAGUCGAUUGUCUUGAUCUCAGCAAGGAAGGAACAGAAGUGUGGGACGCUACAAUUAAACGUUAUGAAGAACGCAUUGACGGCGUCGAGACACGUAUAGCAGCAAGACUACGAGAUCUCUUGGGAACUGCAAAAAGUGCUAAUGAAAUGUUCCGCUAUUUUUCACGUUUUAAUGCCCUCUUUGUGCGUCCACACAUCCGUGGAGCCAUAAGGGAAUACCAAACACAACUAAUCAAUCGAGUUAGGGAGGAUAUCGAAGCUCUGCACGAAAAAUUCAAAAAGCAGUAUCGCUACAGUAGAGCCUACCGUUUGAGUAAACUGCGUGAUAUCCCACCGGUCGCGGGCUCCAUAAUCUGGGCCCGACAGAUUGAGGAACGCCUAAAUACCUAUCUUAGGCGGGUUGAGGACGUAUUGGGCAAGGGUUGGGAACAUCACCGCGAAGGUCAAAAUCUCAAGACAAAUGGAGAAGAUUUCAAAUCAAAGUUGAAUACAAAUGCUAUUUUCGACGACUGGUGUCGUAAGGUACAGCAGACUCAAAUCAACGUCACUCGUCGUAUCUUCUUUGUGGAACCUGUUCGCGCAAAGAUUACUAACAAAGCUGGAGUCACCGAAACGACGACUAUAAUGAAGCUAACGGUCACCUUUAUGCUUGAUGUUAUCACUCUGGCUAAGGAGGUCCGCUGUAUGAAAGCAAUGGGGUUCCGCGUGCCACUCUCAAUUGUUAACCGUGCCCAUCAGACGAGUCUCUUGUACCCCUCGGCAACCUCGUUAAACCAAAGCGUCCAAAUUUACGAGGCGACUUGUGCCAAGAUUGAUGCCAAUGACGAACAGCACUUAGCGGUUCUGUGUGCUGGAUUGCGUCGGGAAGUUCAGAGUCUAAUUACCGAGGGUAUCCCGUUAAAUUGGGAGUCCUAUCGACUUCCCGUUUUUGUUCAGAAGUUUGCAGAGACGAUCCUCCAGUUCCAGGAAAAAGUUGAGGAUUUACUUCAGGUCACUCGGGAAAUUGAUUUACAGUUGAAAGCUCUCGUGACGUGUCCGUACUCAGAGGAUUCUUUUAAAGACAUAAUUGGCAAGAUCCAGAAAUUGGUUGAUGACUUAAAUCUUCAUAAGUACUCAAACUUGGCCCAGUGGGUUGCAAGGUUAGACGCUGAGGUCGAGAAGCGUCUGAUUACCCGCCUCGAUGCCGGUAUCCGUGAGUGGACGCGUGUUCUGCAUAGUGACGAAAAGCAAAGUGAGGAAACAGAAGACCCUGAUCACCUGAUGACCUCGUCUAUGAUGGUAUCUCAACAGCGCCUCGGUGGUGAUCCCAAGAUCAAACCUGUAUUCCUUGAACUGCGCAUCACUAACCAACAGAUGCACCUCCACCCCAGCAUCGAAGUCGCCUCCCACGAACUCCUCGCUCAGCUCACGGCUUGGCAGAAUAUCGUCCUCAAUCUCCCGCGUAUUCAACACUCUCGCUAUCAGGUUGGACUUAACACAGAAAUUACAUCACAGAAGCUCUACAUGAACCUCAUAUCGAAACUUACUGAGGAUAGUGACGUGCUGAUACAUGCCCACGAUGCCAUUUACGAUAUUCUUGCUGAAACAGAGGAGUACGUGAAGACGUGGACUAGCUAUCAGGCCUUAUGGGAUCUUCAGUCCGAUCAAGUAUAUACUCGAAUAGGAACGAACCUUGAGGUGUGGAUGAAUGUGCUUGACGAAAUUAAAGUAAUGCGGAAGCACUUUGACGUUGCGGAGACCCAAAAAGCAUUCGGUCCUGUCGUCAUAAUUUUCGGGAAGGUGCAGUCCAAGGUCACGAUGAAAUACGACAGUUGGCACAAGGAGAUUCUCAGCAAAUUCGGUAGUAACUUGGGCAAUGAGAUGCAGGAUUUCUAUAAGCAGAUUUCCGAGGCUCGAACCGAAUUGGAGAAGCGUUCUGUUGACUCGAAGGCGACCGGCGACGCGGUGAACACCAUAACAUAUACGCAGUCUCUAAAACGUAAACUCAAACAGUGGGAAAAGCAAGUUAAUCUCUGCAAAACGGGUCAGAACAUCCUCUAUCGUGAUCGCUUCCAGUUUCCAUCCAACUGGCGAGAUGCUGAGAACAUUCAAGGUGAAUGGAGUGCCUUCCAAGAGAUUCUUCGACGCAAAGAAUCCAGCAUUUCCACAGAAGUGGCAAGCCUCCAAAUGAAAAUUGUUGCUGAGGAUAAAGCUGUUGAGGGUAAGACAGCAGAGCUGCUGAACAGUUGGCACAAAGAGAAACCGAUUCAAGGAAACAUGAAACCGGACGAAGCUGUGAAGGCUCUGACUAUUCUCGAAGGACAGUUUUUGCGUUUGAAAGAGGAAAGGGCGAACAUCCAGCAUGCUAAAGAAGCACUAGAACUCACCGAGGAAGGUGUUCUGCCGGCUAGCGAAGAGAAGGUUCAAGUGGCAAUCGAAGAGCUCCAGGACUUAAAGAAUGUGUGGAUAGAACUUUCGCGCUUCUGGGAGGAGAUAGAACAACUCCGCGAGACGCCCUGGCAGACAGUGCAGCCCCGAAAAAUUCGCCAACAGAUUGACGAAAUGGUUCGCCGUCUGAAAGAGGUGCCUGCACGUUUGCGUCACUACGCGGCCUAUGAGCACAUCAAGCAUACUGUUCAGAAUUUCGCCAAAGUUAACUCCAUCGUUAUCGAUCUCAGAUCCGAGGCCCUGAAGGAGCGCCACUGGCGUACUCUCAUUCGCAAGUUAAACGUCAACUGGGUCAUGUCUGAGCUCACUCUUGGUCAAUUGUGGGAUGUCGAUCUUCAGAAAAACGAGGCUAUUAUCCGCGACGUCUUCCUUGUUGCGCAGGGUGAAAAGGCCUUGGAGGAGUUCAUGAAGCAGGUCACGGAGGUUUGGAAGACGUAUGAACUCGAUCUGGUUGUCUACCAGAAUCGCUGUCGCCUUAUUCGUGGAUGGGACGAACUCUUCAAUCGAGUAAAGGAACACAUCAAUAGCGUGACUGCAAUGAAGUUGUCGCCUUACUUCAAGCAAUUCGAGGAGGAGGCUCUCACUUGGGAAGACAGACUAAAUCGAAUAAACGCGCUGUUUGACGUCUGGAUUGAUGUGCAACGAAGAUGGGUGUACCUGGAUGGUAUUUUUUCGGGAUCCGCCGAUAUCAAAACUCUUCUUGCUCAGGAGUCUCAGCGCUUCUCAGGUGUCAGUACAGAGUUUCUGGGUUUGCUCAAGAAGGUCUCGAAGUCCCCACUUGUGAUGGACGUACUCAACAUCCCAAAUGUUCAGCGACAGCUGGAAAGGUUGGCGGAUCUACUAUCCAAGAUCCAGAGGUCACUCGGCGAAUAUCUUGAGCGACAAAGGUCUUCAUUCCCGAGAUUUUACUUUGUUGGUGACGAGGAUUUGCUGGAAAUCAUCGGUAAUAGUAAAAACAUUGCUCGCCUACAGAAGCAUUUCAAGAAGAUGUUUGCCGGAGUAAACUCAAUAAAACUGAACGAAGACUGUACUGAAGUCCUUGGUUUAAUCUCGAAAGAAGGCGAAGAAGUUGAUUUUAUUCACCCUGUCUCCAUCAAGGACAAUCCUGUCAUCAACGACUGGCUGUCGUUGCUCGAAAAGGAGAUGCGAAUCACCCUUGCCAGCUACCUUGGGCGUGCUGUCACCGAACUGCAGAAACUUCGUUCAGCGUCAGAUCUGGAAUCGACCGGCUUCCUUGCUUGGCUUGACCGAUACCAAGCUCAACUGGUUGUUCUUGCAGCCCAGAUAUGUUGGUCCGAAUCCGUAGAAACUGCACUUACUGGCACGAAAUCUCCCGAACUUCUCACUUCUUGCCUUCGCUCCGUUGAGGCUAUGCUUACGCUUCUCGCUGACACUGUCCUGCGCGAACAACCUCCUGUCCGUCGCCGUAAACUCGAACAUCUCAUCAUGGAACAUGUGCACCAGCGCGAUGUUCUUAGAUCGCUUAUCCAAGCGGGUGUUCAGUCUCCACGUUCAUUCACCUGGCUCUCUCAGAUGCGCUUUUACUUCGACCCCAAGCAAUCCGAUCCGCUAGCCCAAGUCUCCAUUCACAUGGCGAAUGCCAAGUUUGCUUAUGGAUUCGAAUACCUUGGAGUAAUGGAUCGCCUUGUGCAGACCCCACUCACAGACCGCUGCUACCUCACUAUGACACAGGCCCUUGAAGCGCGACUUGGUGGCUCACCAUUCGGUCCCGCGGGUACUGGCAAGACUGAGUCAGUUAAGGCUCUCGGUAUGCAGCUGGGCCGUUUUGUCCUCGUCUUCAAUUGUGACGAGACCUUUGACUUCCACGCAAUGGGAAGAAUUUUCGUGGGCCUCUGCCAGGUUGGUGCCUGGGGUUGCUUCGACGAGUUUAAUCGCCUAGAGGAGAGAAUGCUCUCCGCGGUCUCUCAGCAAAUCCAGGGUAUCCAGGAAGCGUUGAGAGAUCAAGCUAGCGGUAAGGAUGUCACUGUUGAACUUCUCGGCAAGAACGUUUCGGUGAACCCUGACAUGGCUAUCUUCAUCACAAUGAAUCCUGGCUACGCAGGGCGCUCGAAUUUGCCCGACAACUUAAAGAAGCUUUUCCGUUCUUUAGCCAUGACGCAACCAGAUCGUCAGUUAAUUGCUCAAGUUAUGCUCUACUCGCAGGGCUUCCGAACAGCAGAACUGCUGUCCAAUAAAGUUGUCCCUCUAUUUAAAUUGUGUGACGAACAACUGUCUCCUCAGUCGCAUUAUGACUUCGGUCUUCGAGCGCUGAAGUCUGUUCUGGUUUCAGCUGGUAACGUGAAACGUGAUCGCAUCAAGCGAAUUAAGGAUGAAAUGCAGUCCAGAAGUGAGACGAUAAACGAAUCUAACAUCGCUGAACACCUUCCUGAGCAGGAAAUUUUAAUCCAGUCGAUAAUGGAAACCAUGGUGCCCAAGCUGGUCGCCCAGGACAUUCCACUGUUACACUCUCUCCUUAAGGAUGUAUUCCCCGGUAUUGCUUAUACCGCCUCAUCCAUGGAUUCACUGCGUCGUGAACUCAAACGCGUUUGUGAGGAGAUGUACCUGGUUUAUUGUGAUGACACGACUGAUGCCAGCACCAGUGGUGCCCUCUGGGUGGAGAAAGUGCUUCAGCUUUACCAGAUCACAUGUAUUCACCAUGGUCUGAUGAUGGUCGGACCAAGUGGAAGUGGAAAAUCCAUGGCUUGGCGUGCUCUUCUUAAGGCACUUGAACGCGUUGAAGGUGUGGAGGGAGUUGCUCAUGUUAUCGAUCCGAAAUCCAUAAGCAAGGACUCUCUAUAUGGUUACCUGGACCCUAACACCCGUGAGUGGACAGACGGUCUAUUCACUCACACUCUGCGAAAGAUCAUCGACAGCAUCCGUGGUGAAUCAUUAAAGCGGCAGUGGAUCAUUUUUGAUGGUGAUGUUGAUCCCGAGUGGGUUGAGAAUUUGAACUCUGUGCUGGACGAUAAUAAGUUGCUAACUCUGCCUAACGGUGAACGCCUUGGUAUUCCACCUAACGUUCGCAUAAUGUUCGAGGUGCAAGACCUACGCUUCGCAACUCUAGCCACCGUUUCACGUUGCGGUAUGGUCUGGUUCUCGGAGGACGUCGUCUCUCCCGAUAUGGUUAUGACUAAUUUCCUUCGUUUCUUGCAAAAUGUUCCCGUCGAUGAAGACGAGGACGCUGAUUUGAGCUUUACUACUCCGGUGAUUGCCUCUGGAGAUCAGGUUGUCUCUCCUACUCUGGAAGGUGCUCAAGUUAUCAUCAGUCCGACCCUUCAGACUCAACGUGAUAUUGCAAAUAUGCUUAUGCCACACUUCACUAGCAACGGGCUUGUAUCGCGUUGUCUCGAAUUCGCCAAGGAUCUUGAGCAUGUUAUGGACUUCACGCAGCUUCGAGCUCUCACUAGUCUUUUCUCGCUUUUGAAACAAACAGUUAGAACCGUGCUUUUGCAUAACGCGACGCACUCUGAUUUUCCCAUGUCGGUCGAUCAAAUGGAGUCAUUUGUGACCAAGUCUCUUAUCAGUGGGAUCAUCUGGUCCAUGGCUGGUGACGGUCCAGCAAGUGUUAGGAUGCAAAUGAGUGAUUUCGUGCGGCAGGUCACAAUGACUCCCCUGCCUCCACCUGGUGUUCCGAUUAUCGAUUAUGAGGUGACCACCGCUGGUGAAUGGCAGCCUUGGAUUCAUAAGGUUCCCGUCGUCGAGGUCGAGACGCACAAAAUCAAUACGAUGGAUGUCGUUGUGCCGACGCUUGACACUGUUCGUCACGAGUCUCUCCUCUACACCUGGCUAGCCGAACACAGGCCAAUGGUUCUUUGUGGUCCACCGGGUUCGGGUAAAACCAUGACACUAUUCAGUGCUCUACGAAGUCUCCCAGACAUGGAUGUUGUUGGUUUGAACUUCUCUAGUGCUACCACACCUGAAUUAAUGCUGAAGACAUUUGAUCAGUACUGUGAAUAUCGUAAGACCCCCAACGGUUUGGUCCUCGCCCCGCAACAAAUUAAUAAAUGGCUUAUUUUCUUCUGUGAUGAAAUCAAUUUACCAAACGAGGAUAAAUAUGGCACACAAAGGGUAAUCAGUUUUCUUCGACAGAUGUUGGAGCACUCCGGUUUCUAUCAAACUAGUGACAUGCAAUGGGUGCGCUUCGAACGGAUUCAAUUUGUUGGUGCUUGUAACCCUCCCACGGAUCCAGGAAGAAAGCCCCUUUCACAUCGUUUCCUUCGCCACGUUCCGGUUAUCUAUGUUGAUUAUCCAGGGGAAACAUCUCUUAAACAAAUUUAUGGUACAUUCAAUCGUGCUAUGCUUCGAAUGCUGCCUGCACUGCGGUCUCAGGCCGAUGCACUCACCAACGCAAUGGUCGACUUCUAUCUCCGGUCCCAGAAAAGAUUUACUAUCGACAUGCAGCCUCAUUAUAUUUACAGUCCUCGUGAACUCACUCGCUGGGUCCGCGGCAUUCAUGAGGCUCUCAAGCCACUUGAGUCGCUCUCUGUCGAAGGUCUUGUUCGCAUAUGGGCCCAUGAGGCGUUAAGGCUCUUCCAGGAUCGCCUAAUUGAAGACAGUGAACGUUUUUGGACUGAUCAAAAUGUUGAUGAGGUAGCUAUGACUUACUUCCCCUUCAUUGACCGUCUGUCUGCGCUCCAACGCCCCAUCUUAUUUAGCAACUGGCUAUCGAAGGAUUAUAUCGCUGUUGAUCAAGAGGCGCUUAGGGACUACGUCAAAGCUCGCCUGAAAGUAUUCUACGAAGAGGAGCUUGAUGUCCCCCUGGUUCUCUUUAACCAGGUGCUGGACCACGUUCUCCGUAUCGAUCGAGUUUUCAGGCAAUCGCAGGGUCAUCUUCUGCUAAUCGGCGUCAGCGGGGCCGGCAAAACCACUCUGUCACGUUUUGUUUCAUGGAUGAAUGGUCUCUCGGUGUUUCAAGUAAAAGUUCACAAUAAAUACACAGCUGAAGACUUCGAUGAGGAUUUGAGAAAUGUACUCCGCCGGGCCGGAUGCAAAGGAGAGAAAGUGACCUUUAUAAUGGACGAGUCCAAUGUUAUGGAUUCUAGCUUUUUAGAACGAAUGAACACCUUGCUGGCGAAUGGUGAGGUUCCCGGUCUGUUCGAGGGUGAUGAAUUCGCUGCAUUGAUGACUCAGUGUAAGGAGGGCGCCGCUAGGGAGGGCCUUAUGGUGGACUCUCAAGAGGAGCUUUACAAGUGGUUCACAAAUCAAAUCUGCCGAAACCUUCACGUUGUUUUCACAAUGAAUCCAUCAUCUGAUGGCUUAAAGGACAAGGCUGCAACGUCACCUGCAUUAUUCAACCGAUGCGUUCUUAACUGGUUCGGUGAUUGGUCUCUUGAAGCUUACUUCCAGGUUGGCAAAGAAUUCACUGACAAACUCGACAUGGAGUGUGCUGACUACCACAUUCCCGAAGUCAUUCCCUACGUUGCGGAGGGCUUGCUUCCAGAUAUACCAACCUACCGUGACAUGGUUGUUAACGCCUUCGUCUUCGUGCACCAGUCCCUUCAACGUGCAAACGAGCGUCUCCAGAAGCGCGGUGGUCGCACAAUGGCCAUUACACCACGUCAUUACCUCGACUUCAUAAGUCACUAUGUGAGCUUGAUCGGUGAGAAGCGCUCUGAUCUGGAGGAACAACAACUCCACUUGAAUGUCGGUUUACAGAAGAUCAAAGAGACUGUCCAGCAAGUAGAGGUGAUGCAAAAGUCCUUGACAAAGAAAAGCAAGGAGCUAGAAGAAAUGAACGAAGCCGCUAACGCUAAAUUAAAGCAAAUGGUCAAGGACCAGCAAGAAGCCGAACAAAAGAAAGCCACCAGCCAGAGUCUUCAGGUAGAGCUGGGGAAACAAAGGGAGUACAUUAAAGAAAAGAGAGCACUCGUAAUGGAAGAACUUAGCCAGGUUGAACCGGCGGUGAAUGAGGCCAAACAAGCUGUUGAGGGUAUUCGCAAGAAGGAUAUUCAGGAGAUCAAGGCCAUGAGAAAUCCACCGCCUGCCGUUAAAAUGGCUCUGGAAGCCAUCUGUCUUCUGCUAGGCGAAAAGUCAACUGAUUGGCGCCAAAUUCUAACCGUCAUUGUUAAGGAUUCAUUCGUGCCAAGCAUUCUUAACUUUGACACAGAGGAAAUCACAGAUUCAAUUCGUGAAACAAUGAAGAAAAAAUAUCUUGAAAACCCGGAAUUCAACUAUGAAAAGGUGAACCGAGCCAGUACUGCGUGUGGACCGAUGGUAAAAUGGGCGAUUGCACAGAUUGGCUACGCUGACAUUCUAAAGAAGGUGGAGCCACUUCGAGAUGAAUUGAGGGCUCUCGAGGAUGCAGCCAGCGUUAACGAAAAGAAAGCCGAAGACGUUGAGGCGACCAUAAGUGCCCUUGAGAAGUCAAUCGCCAAAUACAAAGACGAAUAUGCUGUUCUCAUCAGUCAGGCUCAAUCCAUCAAGGCAGACCUGGCUUCAGUCGAAGCGAAGGUUGAGCGUUCAGUGGCUCUUAUCAAGUCAUUGAGCAACGAACGAACACGCUGGGAGUCGGGUUCGGAAACCUUCAAGUCCCAGAUGGCCACAAUAAUCGGAGAUUGCCUUCUCUCCUCGGCAUUUAUGGCCUAUGCUGGUUACUUCGACCAAAGUCUACGCCUCAGCCUUGUCUCUUCAUGGGCCAUCCAUCUUAAAGCUGCUGGUAUCCAAUUUAGGGCGGAUCUAGCUCGUGUUGAGUAUCUCUCAAGUCCCGAUGAACGCCUACGUUGGCAAGCCAGCGUCCUACCCGAUGAUGAGCUUUGCGUCGAAAAUGCCAUCAUUCUUCGUCGUUUUAAGCGCUACCCUCUCAUUAUUGAUCCUAGUGGUCAAGCUAUCGAGUUCCUGAUGGAGGAGUACAAGUCAAAGAAGAUAGCCAAGACUUCUUUCCUCGACGACGCUUUUCGAAAGACCCUGGAAUCCUCUUUGCGUUUUGGGACCCCUCUCCUUGUUCAAGACGUCGAAUCCUACGAUCCCAUUCUUAACCCGGUGCUUAAUCGCGAAGUACGACGCACCGGUGGACGCACUCUCAUCACCUUGGGUGAUCAAGACAUUGAUUUAUCACCAACGUUCGCAAUUUUCCUUUCUACGCGUGAUCCUUCGGUUGAGUUUGCUCCCGACAUCUGCUCGAGGGUGACAUUCGUCAACUUCACCGUUACCCACAGCAGUCUUCAAAGCCAGUGCCUGAAUGCAGUGCUGAAAGCCGAGCGCCCUGAUGUGGACAACAAACGGUCGGACCUACUGAAAAUGCAGGGCGAAUUCCAAUUGAGGUUGCGUCACUUGGAGAAGGAUCUGCUACAGGCGCUGAACGCCGCAGAGGGUAAUUUGCUGGACGAUGAUAAAAUCAUUACUAAUCUGGAGACUCUCAAAAAGGAGGCUGGGGAGGUGGCCAAAAAGGUCGAGGAGACUGAUGCCAUCAUGGCGGAAGUGGAUGCAGUCUCGCACGAGUACGUGCCCCUCUCUCAGGCUUGCUCUGGCAUCUACUUCACUCUGGAUGCGCUCAACCAAGUUCACUUCCUCUACCAGUACUCCCUCCAGUUUCUACUGGGCAUCUUCAACUUUGUCUUAACACAAAAUGAAAAUCUCAAGGGCGUCACGGAUAGCAAGACGCGACUCGAUAUUAUUACCAAAGAUCUCUUCCAGGUUACCUACAAUCGAGUUGCUCGUGGAAUGCUCCAUAGCGACCAGAUCACUUUUGCUGUUCUGCUAGCGAGGAUAUACCUGAAGGGUUUUGAAUCAGAAUUCUCGGUAUUCCUCCACGGUCAGGACAGUGCGAGUCUACUGAUCAGCAAGGACUUACCGGAUAUUAAAGGUCUCACUGUCGAACAACGUGCCGCCCUUAACAGACUGCAGAAACAGCUGCCGGCUUUCACGAACGUUGUGUCAGCAAUCGAAAAGGAGCAACGCUUCCAAACGUGGCUGGAAAGCGUCUCGCCUGAGGUAAGCAGCUUAAAAGAAGUAAUAAAUCCCCAGUUUUCUGGUAUACUUACGAAUUGCCUAUUCUGUUGGCUCUUACCAGCCGAUGUACCGACCCUCUGGGAGAUCCCGGCUUCCCACUCCACCCCUGUGGUCAUCGCAAUACAUAGCCUUCUUCUUAUCCAGGCCCUCCGGCCGGACCGUCUUUUGGCUUGCGCUCACAUGCUGGUCUUCGCGGUGUUCGGUCAAAACUUUAUGGACGCCGCUCGCGCUCACCUCGACCUUGGCCCGAUCGUCGAGCAGGAAAUCAAAGCCAGUGUUCCCGUUCUUCUCUGCGCUACCCCGGGCUUUGAUCCUAGCGGUCGUGUUGAGGACCUUGCCGCCAAUUUGAAGAAGACCCUCACCGGCAUAGCCAUUGGUUCUGCCGAAGGUUUCUCACAGGCUGAGAAGGCGAUAAACAGUGCCGUGAAGCAGGGUAAAUGGGUGAUGCUGAAGAACGUUCACCUUGCGCCCUCAUGGCUAAUUCAGUUGGAGAAAAAGCUCCACUCCUUCCAACCUCACCCCAGUUUUCGUCUUUUCCUCACUAUGGAGAUCAAUUCGAAAUUGCCAGUCAAUCUCCUUCGUACCGGUCGUGUGUUUGUCUUUGAACCACCACCUGGCAUUAAGGCAUGUCUACGCCAAUUUUUAAUAAUUGAUUUUAUUACACUCUGCACCACUGAAUUUUAUAGUAUGUGCCUGUCAGUGCCUACCAAGUGGGGUAAUUUGCCGCAUUUGCCACGGUUCUGCUCCUCACCUCUUCAUGCCCGGCCCACAUAUCAUAAAGCUAUCCCAGCGGCAAGCCUCUUGCGCACCUUCGCCAACAUACCGGCUAGUAAGAUGUCUCAAGCACCCGCGGAGCGCUCUCGCCUCUACUUCCUCCUGGCGUGGUUUAACGCCGUCGUCCAGGAACGCCUUCGCUACUCUCCACUGGGCUGGACUAAGCGUUAUGAAUUCAACGAGUCCGACCUAAAGUCGGCUUGUGAUAUGAUCGACGUAUGGGUGGACAGCUCCAGUAAGGGUCGUUCCAACCUUCCCCCCGACCAGAUACCCUGGUCCGCCAUGCGUCGGCUCAUGUCCCAGUGCAUAUAUGGUGGCCGAAUCGACAACGACUUUGACCAGACCCUUCUCGAUACCUUCUUAUCACGCCUCUUCACAGAGAAGAGUUUCGACCACGACUUUGUCCUUGUCGAGGAUGUGGAUGGCCAAUCCGGGAAAAAUAUCCUCAUUCCAGAGAGCACUUCGCGUGAGGAGUUAAUUGCCUGGGCGAAGAAACUUCCUUCAGUGCAGACACCCUCGUGGCUCGGGUUGCCCAACAAUGCAGAGAAAAUGCUUUUGACCAAUAUGGGCCAGGAAGUCAUUGGAAACUUGCUUAAGAUGCAGCAGGCUGUUAACACUGACGACCUGAUCGCCAGUUCUGAAGCCUCAGCGACCACAACUCUCGUAAAGCGUGUUUCCGUAGAAGAGGGUGACACCAGGCCAGCGUGGAUGCGGCAACUGCUGACCAGCGCUUCCACCUGGAAGUCCCUCCUGCCCGACCGGCUCAGACCCUUGGACAGGACUGCAGAGAAUAUUGCUGACCCGCUCUUCCGAUGCUUCGAUCGAGAAAUCAAUGCCGGCGCAACUCUUCUGAAUACUGUUCGGGACGAUCUGGAAAGCGUGGAAAAGGUUUGCUCCGGCACCAUCAAGUCAAUCAAUUACCACCGUGAGUUGAUGUCGAAUCUUGUCAAGGGCCUCAUUCCAGCCUCCUGGCGCCGCUAUUACACCGUUCCCUCCAAUCUGACCGUCAUCCAAUGGAUUAACGAUUUCGCCGCUCGUGUCCGCCAGCACAUUGAAAUAAGCGAGGCCGCCUCUUCCGGCGGUGAAUUGCGACACCUCCGUAUUUGGCUUGGUGGUCUCUUUAUGCCCGAGGCCUACAUCACUGCAACUCGACAAGCAGUUGCCCAGACUCAUGGUUGGGCCCUGGAGGAACUGUUUCUCAGCGCAGAGCUGGUCAUGAAUGCACAAAAGGCGAAUCCACCGCCCCUACCCUCGGAUAAUUGCUCAUUCGUGGUCUCUGGCCUCCGAUUGAUGGGCGCCGAACCCGCUGAUUCAAAGACUCUUCGGCUCUCUCAGUCCAUAUUUUAUGAAAUGCCCUUCACCAUCCUUAAAUGGAUUCGGGUUGUAAAAGAAAAUCAGGAUGCUGUGAAUGCUGAUGCCGUGAAGCUGCCUGUCUACCUGAACGCCGCCCGUUCCGUUCUCUUGUUUACCCUCGACUUGAAAACCAAGGAGGCAGGCAGUGAUUUUUACAAACGCGGUGUCGCCCUCCUUUCCUCCCCUCUCGGAUGA